AUGAUCAAUCCACAAGCAGCAGGAUACAUUGGUGCCGCAUUGGCUACUGUAUUCUUUGGUUCAAACUACAUUCCAGUUAAGAACUACCCAACAGGUAAUGGAUUCGCAUUCGCAUGGGUGAUGUCUAUUGGAACAUUCUGCACAGGAUUCAUUGCGAUGGCUAUAUCUGGCAAAUUCAUCUUUAUCCCUUGGGGAUUGCUAGGUGGUUCGCUAUGGGCAAUUGGCAACUUUUGUGUGAUCCCCAUCGUCAAGACCAUUGGACUCGGACUGGGCAUGCUGCUCUGGGGCUGCACCAGUUUGAUCACUGGAUUCUUCAGUGGCAAGUUUGGCUGGUUCGGUCUCGAGAAGCAGGCCGUCGAGCACACCGGUCUCAACUGGGGCGGCUUUGCCUGCAUUGUCGUGGCCAUCGCACUGUUCUUCUUCAUCAAGCCCACUCUCAAAGACAAGGGUCCAAAGAGCGAGUACGACUACUCGCCCAUCGUCGAGGACAUGAGCAUCAACUACCAUCGCAACAACAGACAGGCCGAGCCUGUGGAGGAGCCCAUGUUCUUUGAGCGCAUGCCCGCGCCCUACAAGUACCUGGUGGGCCUCACACUGGCCGUCGUCUCGGGCGUCCUGUACGGCGUCAACAUGGUGCCCAUGCAGCUCUGGAAGCAGAACAACCCCGAUGCCAACUCGCUCGAGUUUGUCUUUUGCCACUUUAGCGGCAUCUUCCUGUUCAACACGCUGGUGUUCAUCCUGUACAGCAUGUUUGACCGUCCACCCCAGAUCUAUCCACAGACCAUCCUGCCAUCGUACCUGUCUGGCGUGCUGUGGGGCAUUGCUCAGGUGGGUCUGAUGGUGGCCACACAGAACCUUGGCUACACUGUUGGAUUCCCAAUUGGAUCGUCUGGACCACUGAUCGUCUCAUCACUCUGGAGUGUACUACUAUUCAAAGAGAUACAAGGCAAGAAGAAUCUAAUAUUCCUUGGUGCCUCAUUUUUAUUCCUAAUCACUGGUAUCGUUCUGAUCACUCUGUCAAACAUUAAAUCACUCUAG